AUGCUCACCGUCGGUCACAAAAAGAAGACCCAGCAACAUGAACACCUCUUCCCAAAAGCUUUCGACUUUAUCAAAGCUACCCAAUUAUCUGACGGCUCCUGGUCUGGAAACUCUUCGGAGUUAGAUGGCAUAAUCAAUACACUAGCAGGCCUUUUAGCACUCCAAGUCCACCAGCAUACUCUAGAUCAUGGUGAUUCUGAUCUAAAAAGCUCAUGUGCCAAAGCUGAAGCAUCAUUGAACCACAUGCUCCAAAAUUGGGACAUCAAAGGCUCCGACAGAGUUGGAUUUGAGGUUCUAAUUCCCAAUCUUCUUCUCUCAUUAGAGAAACACGGAGUUCAAUUUGAAUUCCCAGCUCGAAAAGAACUUCUUCUGCUAUCUUCUAAAAAAAUCCAAAAGCUCAAGCCGGGUCUGGCGAGUCACAGACCAAAUACUUUAAUCCAUUCUUUGGAAGCAUUCACGGGAAAUUUUGAUUUCGACUUGGUCAAACAUCACCGGUCACCUGAAGGAUCUAUGCUGGGAUCACCAUCGUCAACGGCGGCAUACCUCAUGCAUACCAGUUCAUGGGAUUCUCAGGCGGAACAGUACUUAGUUGGUGUUGAGAAGUACUACCUGAGUGAAAAAGGUAGUGGAGGCUUUCCUUCAGCCUUCCCAACGUCUGUUUUUGAGAUUGCUUGGGUUCUUUCAAUCCUAUUCGAAGGUAAUUUCAACGAAAGAACUUUCACUACCCAUGAUUUGAGAUAUUUGAAAAGUGCAUUGCAAGCGACACUGCAAAACGGAAGUGGUCUUACGGGAUUCGCUUCUAACUUUCUUCCCGAUGCCGAUGACACCGCCAAAGCGAACACUGUCCUAAGUCUACUGGGAGAAAGUCCUUCGUUGGAGGCGAUGAUUAAUGAGUUCGAAAAACCUUCUUCCUUUGCCACCUACCAUGGAGAACGUAAUCCAAGUGUCAGUACCAAUUGCAACGUACUUGCCUGCCUCCUGAGGAGCGGCGACAUUGCCAAACAUGUACUUUCAAUUGAAAAAUGUACCCAAUUCAUAACAAGUAUGUGGAUAUCUGGUCAAAUACGGGAUAAAUGGAACACUUCGGAGCAUUAUCCCAUGAUGUUGGCCGCUCAAUCAUUGUCACUUCUUCUGACCAAACUCAAGCACGUGGAAUCGACAGAGGUUAAAGGAAUUUUCUCGACAUCAUUGAAAAGAAGGAUUUUGGUCGUCCUGCAACAAAUAUACCAGGGAACUAUUGAUUCACAGCAACCCAACGGCUCAUGGGAUGAUAAGCGAGAAGUCACAGCUUAUGCUAUUCUGACAUUGGCACCUUUGUUGAAUCUCAUCAAGCCAGACGAAUCACCAAACCUAGACUUGGCCGUGUUCCAAAGUGGAAAACAAUUUCUUCUCUCCUGUAAAGACAAAUGGAGCCAGGGGGAAUAUCUUUGGAUCGAAAAAACUUCAUACUCCCUGAGCAACGUCGCGCAGGCUUACUGUCUGGCCGCUUGCAAUAUCAAAGCUACCGAAUACUCAGAAACAAUCACGACAGUCAGACUACCAAAGUCCAUGACAAAACUAAAAUGCUUCUUCGAAAAACUUCCAAUGUUCUCAGGUCAACAUGACGAAAUGAUGAGAGGCUCACUUAUUGAGAGUUUUCGGAUAUAUCCACUUUUGGAGCGAUGUCACGACAUCGUCUUCCCUCCUUUAUCAAAGGCAUCCGACACUGAAUAUCUUCGGUAUAUUCCUAUCACUUGGAUCAGCUGCAAGAACCUCGGAUCAAGGAAUAUCGAAGAUGAUAUCUUAUUUGAUAUGAUGGUUGUAUCAAUGCUCGACUAUCAGGUGGAUGGGUAUAUGGAGUUCGUGCUACAAGAAAAGUUCCAAGACAACCUAGAUGCAUUAGGUCUUGUCAUCAGAGACCUCUUCAACGGUACUUCUCGAAAGAAGAGUCGUCCUGCAACACAAUUAUUUCAAGGGAACAAUGUGUCAUCACACCUCCAUCGGGACGAUAUAUUGGGCACUGCAUCGAACUCUCCGCCCGUGGAAGCUGACUGUAGGUCGUAUCUCAACGGCACGUUUGGAGAUGUCUCAGCAGUUCUCAACAAGCUUAUCAUUUACGUCUUGCAACAUCCAAAGGUUCUGGCAUGUCCACUUUCCCUUCAGAAUUGGCUGAAAAUAGAACUAAAAGCAUUCUUGCUUUCACACGUUCAACAGAUGAAAGAUAGUGCUAAGUUACCGAGUGAGUCCAGUUCAAUAGAUGAGUCGUGGGGUAUGAAGCAAGAUGACGCAACAUUUUUUGGAUGGACUCACUCAACAGGUGGCGAGACUACCAGCUGCCUCUUCUCCUUCGUAUUUUUUCUCUGCCUGACCUACAUUCCUGAAAGUCGGAACCUCCUUUGCGUACAAACGCGAUAUUUGCUCGAGGACGCUGCGCAUCAUCUAGCUGCGAUGUGUCGCCACCAAAAUGACUUUGGGUCUGUAUCGCGCGAUCGAAAGGAAAGAAAUUUCAACAGCAUCAAUUUUGCGGAGUUCAGAGGCUUCCGGGAGGAAAGCGAACAAGGAAACUGGCACUGUAUCGAGGAAUCUCAAAAACGAGUACUUAUGAAUAUAGCAGGAUAUGAGAGACAGUGCUUGGGGGCGACUCUGAGUGAACUGGAAGCUCGCACUGAUAAGAGUUUUAUGGACAAGUUGAGACUUUUCGUCGAUGUUACAGAACUUUAUGGUCAGAUCUACAUUGCUCGCGACAUUAGCCCGCGCAAUAAUCAGGGAUAG